CGCAAUCGCACAGUCGCUCACACCGCGCGAGUGGGGUAGCAUUGUUGUCAGUGUACUGUUGUGCGAAGUGUUGUGUUAGCGCGGCGUGCCCUGUCCAGUACAUGGGCAGCAAAACUACGCAGCCCGCUGGUCCCAAGAUUAAGAAAGAGACUUCUGAUGAAGAAAUUAAGGAGUACGCAGAGACUGCAAUGAAUGAACUGUUGGGCUGGUACGGCUACGAAAAGGUUGACAGUCGCGAUACUCAAGGCCUCAACCUGCACCACUUCGCCUCCAGGUCGCCUCCCUCGGCCCACGGGGGGAGUGACACGUCCUCUGAUGGGGAGAGACCCCGUAGCAGCAGCCCUAGACACUCACCCGGCUCCCCUGCCUCUCCUCCUCCAGUUGCAGUUCCCCCGGGAUGUCUCUCCUGUGCCUGGUGUCGCAAGGUGGGUCAAGCCAAGCAGUUCACAUUCAAGACCUCCACACCUUGGGGCUCCAAGGCGUUCUGUUCUGAGGUGUGCUUCACACAGUUUGCAGUUCCCCCGGGAUGUCUCUCCUGUGCCUGGUGUCGCAAGGUGGGUCAAGCCAAGCAGUUCACAUUCAAGACCUCCACACCUCGGGGCUCCAAGGCGUUCUGUUCUGAGGUGUGCUUCACACAGUGUCGGAGAGCGAGCUUCAAGCGCAACAAGACCUGUGAUUGGUGCCGACACACCAGGCACACUGUCAACUAUGUCGACUUCCAGGACGGCGAUCAUCAGCUGCAAUUUUGCAGUGACAAGUGUUUGAACCAGUACAAGAUGAACAUCUUCUGCAAGGAGACACAGGCUCAUCUCCAGCUUCAUCCACAUCUAAAGGAGGCAGCAGGGGCGUCUGCGGGGGUAUCUGCAGGACCUGUGACGGGGCACACAGCCCCAUCAGGCUCAACACUCAUAACUCCCGAGCUGUGGAUGAGAGACUGCCGCUCCGAGUCCCCUACUUCCGACAAGUCUCGGUCACCUGAGAGAAUACCUUCCCCUAUCAUAGAGAUAACCACCCCAGUCAAGCCCUCACCUCCCCCAUCACCUUGUCAAGACGAUGACGACCUCAAACCUACAAACCUUACAGUGUCACCUAAACCUUUACCAAUCCCACCACCCUUACACAAAGUGUCCAAAAAAGAAAGUAGUUUCAAGGCGAGGAAAGUUCGAAGUAAGAGAUUAAAAGUUUCUGCUCCGAUAGUUACGCCACAGGCGGAAAUCAGUGCGAAUUCCUCAUCUCCGAGAAGUACUAAUAGCGGUUCUCCUCCCAAAAAUCCACCUCCCAUGGUGCCUCCUAUGCAUCCUUACCCACUGCCUAACCCUCUUCUACCCCCUGAUCAUCCGUUGCAUAGACCUCCAUUUCUCAACCCAGGAUUUUUCCCUCCACCCCACGUUCUUGCUGAGUUAGCUUCUAGGUUUCCUCUUCCGAGGCCACAAAUCCGAAAGCCUCAUCCAAAUAGCAAUCUUCCACCUUUGCUUCCCCUCAACAGGAAUGUACAGUUUCCCCCACCGUUGAAUUUCCCCCCUAACCAUCAACCACCUCCGCCUAUUGCACCGUCCCUUCUUCCACCCCCUACUCUUAUGGUUCCUUACCCUGUACUCAUUCCAAUUCCUAUCCCCAUUCCCAUACCUAUUCCUAUUCCAGCUAAUUUCAAACUAAAAGAGGAGAAAAGUACAACAGAAAGGUCAGAACCAACACCAGCAGUUGCACCUGUAAACAUCAAAUUAGAAGCAGAAAGUCCACCUCCGCAACAGGAGACGGGCAUGAACUUGUCCAUGUCACAACCUCCUAGAAAACGGAAAAGACCUGAAAUUCCAUCAGAAGAGGAACUUGUUCCCAAACAAAAAAUUGUUCCUGCCUGACGUCUAUGGUAGGCUGUUAUUUACUGUCCUAUACAUUAUGGCAUCAAAUGAAUGUACCAGUAUUUUCUGACACAAAUUAAUCUAAAGAUUCUAAACACUCUGUUGAUAUAAAUAAUAAGCUGAUAGCCUAAGUAAACAAUUGGUAAAUUAAAGUUUUUUUUUCUAUAAAAACCACCUUUCUGUACUACAGUACUUUCACACUGAGAAUUUACUUUAGAACAUUAAAUAUCAGCUAAGGUAUACACAGUGAAAUCACCACACAGUGGACUA